CGGCCCGUGACGCCAGGUGCUGAUGUAGCGCGAAGUAUCAGUGAGUGCGUCCCAGUGCGUGUGGUGGAACCACGAACGUGGUGUGCCUUCCGGCGUGUACAGUAUACCGUGCCUGACUAUUUCGGCUUUCAGUCAUGGAUAACAGCACUAUCAUCGAAGGCACCGUUAAGUUCCGCGACGGGAAGAAGUGGAAAUCCCGGUGGUGCGUAAUGAGGAAACUUUCACCAGUGGCAGACUGCCUACACCUGCAGCUGUACCGGGACAGCAAAGAACGCUACAAGCAGGGACACACCAAAGCGUCGCUUUCCCUACAACACUUCCUCGCCAUCGAAACUGGUUUCACACUGGACAAGGAGUCUAACACAAUAGCUAUCAUCUGCCAGGACGUUACUGUCAUCCUGGCAUUCGACACCCGAGAGCGGCAAAUGCAGUGGCAGGUGAAGAUAUCAAACAAUCUGGGCGAAGACGUCCAGUUCCUGAUCCAGAUAACGUCGGCUCCUCCGCGCGCCAAGAUAGCUGCUGGACCAGCGCGGCUGCACGUGAAGGAGCAGCGCUUCUGCCUCACCUCCGGCGUACCACCCAGGCUGCUGGGCUUCUGGGACAUCAGCCAGCUCAGGCGCUAUGGCGUGGUGGAGGGCAGGUUCGUGUUUGAGGGUGGCUCCCGCUGCGGGAAAGGCGAGGGAGUGCACGUGUGCGUCACAGACCAGGGCGACGAGAUCACCAGGACCUUCCAGAUGGCGGCCCAGGGCAAGGUGGCAGUCAGGAGGCGACCCGUCACCAGGAACAUGUCCAUGAUGGACAGUCCCCGGCGGCAGAUGCUACCCCGAACAUCUGAGGUGUCUUCCGUUCUGGCAACACCGGCUCUGUCUGAUCUAUGCUCAGAUGACUUAUGCAGGUUGCACCGCGACGGCAGCUCCCCCUACUGGCUGUCCACCGAGUCUUCCGGCGGGGCGCGCAACUCGGACCUGGACAGCAACUACGGCUGCGGCGACACGUCGUCGGUGAGCGACCACUACGACCAGUCGGCCAUGUCGGGCGGGGGCGGCUGGCACGGCUCCAGCGGGCCCGGCGGAGCUCUGGAGAGGUGCGUGAGCUGCAUGAGCAAGCUGGGCGCGCUGUCGCGCUCGUCGACGGCGGGCACGUGCACGCCGCUGACGCCGGGCCCCCCUGGAGCUGGAACGGCCGCGUGCUGGCUGCACGACGCCCAGCAGACGGCCGCCGGUCAGCAGGGCCGCGAGGCGCGCUCCAGCGCCGCCUCCCUGGCCUCCUCGCACGGCAGCGACGGCCCGCGCUCCUCGCAGGAGGCGCCCUGCUUCUGGUACGACCGUCCACGGCUGGGCACGCCGCCGCCAGUGCUGCCCCCCAAGAGCCCUGCGCGCGCCGCCCCCGCGGCGUCGCCCUGCCGGCCCCCCAAGCCGGCGCUGACGCCACAGCGGAAGCCUGCGCCGCCGGCGUUGCCCCUGCCGCUGCCCCUGGCGCUGCCGCUGGGGCGUCCGACUGCCUGCCAGAACCCGGCCUGCGCAUGCGCGUGCACGCGGUUCGCCGCCGCCUACCGCCGCCUAGCCUCUGCCGACUCCGCCACCUCGCCCUACGACAAUUACGACGUGCCCAAGCCGAUACUCGGCCAUCUAGCCGUCAAGGACCAGAUGAGCAACUUGAGACCAGCUGGACAAGGCGACGUUCCUGACGGGUACUACGACACGCCCAGGAGUCUCAGGGAGCACCUGACGACUCCCACCAUGGACGCUCAGUCACCGUAUGGAAACUACGACGUCCCAGCGUCCGCGCGGCCGGUGCAGAGGCCCUGCGGCUGCGGGAUGAAGUACCCCAGAACUCCUGUGUCUGCGUCUGCGGACAGUCCAGUGGAGAGGCACUCCUGCCCCUGCCAGAGGAUGAUGGGCUGGGCCGAGAACCUGAUGACGCUGCCCUAUUGCAAGCGCGGCAACGGCGUCGAGAACACCACCAUGCCCAUCACCAAAGUGAGGCUCAGCGGCGAAGGCAAGAUGCCGGUCGUCAGCCCCAAUGGCGACAUAGCCAUCUACAACCCCAGCGACAGCGCCAAGAAGUUUGUGCGCAACGACUCCGCUCCGAGUCUGCCGCACCAGUUCCACCGCGACGGAAGCUCCUACGGACUGCACGAGGAAAGGAGCGGCAUAGCUGCCGGCGUCACCCUCGAAGUGUCUAAAGUUAACUCUCUCGAUAGGAACAUGAAACCAAAAUUCAGGGAUUACGCCAACCUGGCCUUUUCAGAGUCUUUAGAGUACUACGAGAACGCCAGAGACGUGCUCAAUCGAGCAGGUAUGGGACAGCAAGUAACAGACUUGGUGGAUCAAGAUGUUUCCCCAUCCACGCCACAGGAAAGGAUCAACGUAUGUGAUAAGUGCAGGCAUACGUGUCAGAACACUGAAGGUAAAUCUCCAGGACAGAGUGAUGAAGCUGAAACUGCAGUUCCUCCUGAAGAAGACAGUAAUGCAGAAAGUGAGAAAGUAAAUGCUGACUACGUAUCAAUGCAGUCAGUUGUGAAAGCUCUUUAUAGAGACACAGAAAAUACGCACCAGGAUACUGCCAAAAGUGAAGAACAUCUAGUGGCAACGGCUGCAACGAAUGAACAUGAAAUGAGUGGUGUUUCUCUUGUGGCGGCAAGUUCUCCAUUAGGUAGCAGACAGACUGAGAAGUCUGCGAGUAGUCCCAACUUGGAAGAGGCAAAAAGCCUGCUCGAAGUGGCCGAUAUCUUGAAGCGACACGCGCCGCUAGACGAGCUGGACGCUUGCUCCCAAAUGGAGGACUCUAGAAAGCAGCAGUUCGCCAACAGGAAAAGGUCUAGUUCAGCCGAUGCCUCCAGAUUCAUUGACGAUGUUGAAGAUGAACCCAGUUCCCUCGACGGCCCCGUGUCUCUCCCACAAGCUGGCAGCUGCGACAGUGUCAUUCAUUCUCAGGUGAUGGUCGCUGAUAACGUGGAACCAGCGUCCAAUAAGGCAGCAGAAGUUCAGCAGGAGACGUCACCGCAUGUUCCAGAACCGAGCGCUGUCACCUCGACGUUACAUGCAACUGAAGCCCGGAUCGCGUGCAUGCGGCGGUCCUCGAGCGUUCCUAGCCACAGAGCAGCUUCUGCAGUGAGCGGCAACAACCGCGAUUCCUCCAGUUCCAACGAUUCUGGCGUUUCCAUCGCGUCACUGAGGCACCGAGGAGGUGAUUUCGCCGAGUUUGAGCUGCCGCUGACCACCUCUAUGUCCGCGAGACGGCACCAUAUGGCCAUGCGCAGCAGUGGGAGCCACCAGCACCAUCACCACCACUCACCCGUCUCGUCCGGAGUCAGCGGUGGGGGCCGUGGUUCGCCUUGUCUGCACUCUUCUCUGCCUCGCCGCUCCAAGUCUGUGGAUCCGCUCAGAGACAUCACCUUCCAGUUCACUGAGGUGUCAGACGAUUCGCAGCAGCAGCAGGCCAAAUGUUCCUCUGCUGAAGCUGAGGUGCCGGUCUGCCCAAAACGCAGAGGUUUCCAGAGCCCUGGCGGAGACAGCGCCAUCGUGGUGCCGUACCCAGACUCCCGCUCGACCAGCAGCGGCACCUCAGACAUGUCCGACUACAUCGAGACGCUCUCCUUGUCCUCGCACGGGUCUUCCGAUGUUCCUGAUUCGAUGAGGUUCGGCCGGCUUGCUGUGACGACACUGAAACCACGUUCUGGAAAUGAAUAUCAGCUCAUUGACAGGUCUGCUCUUGAAGGUGGGCCCAACGUGAAGUAGGAGGACUACUGAAGCAUACUACAGGGGACACAGAAAGAGGCCGUAUCAGUUGAUUGUUUCUACCAAUGUCUGUAAUAUGUUCACAUUCUGUAAAUAAAAGCUCAAGCAUUACAAGUGUAAAAAAGUGGAUGACAUCACUAUUUGCCAAACUGUACAGAGUGGAAAUGGGCUCAAUUCCUACAAAAAUUUUAAAGCAACAUAUUUACCUUUCAGUAGCACAAAGGAAAUGUAUGUAACUAUAACACGUUUUAAUCUUAUGCACUCAGUUAUCACAAAGGUCUUCACUUCCGAUCUUUGCCAGUUAGACAGAGAAACAAGACCAGUUCAAGGGAAAAACAAUUGUUACACAAUCGCCAGACAUGGAGAUAACAGAAUGUUUCCUUGACUCCCCUGCUUGCGACGUAACUUGCGUUUGAGACGGUCUCAAAGCACUGAAUUACGGACUGUAAGUAAAAGUCUGUAUGUUUUGAGCUUACUUGAUCGAUUCGUAAGGAAAAAUGUUUUAUCUGUAGGUACCCUUCCAGAUGUACCUUACGUACUCUGUAAUAAAAAAAAAACAAAUUUUCUAUUACUUUUGUAACAUAUAAGCUUUUCUACAGACUUGUAAAUUUGACUGAAGUUGCGGGACAUGUUGCGUAUUUGAAAAAGAAUUUGUGACUGAUUAUAAAGACGGCCAGGUUUUGUAAAUAGUAUGGCAUUGUGUGCGAAUGGUCAGAGACUUUCUGAAAUAUUUAUUCUGCUAGUCAGGUUCUGUGAUAGAGGAUUUUCAGGACGGUGUAGAGUGCAUUUAUGAGAGUAUUACACAUAAGUUAAUUUUAAGUCACAGUUCUUGGAAUAAUUAUUUUGAAGAGUUGAAAUUAUUUGAUUAUUCUUUUGGCUUGUUAAGUUCUUAUUUAGAAUGUUCUGUGACUUAAACAUCUUAUCUGUGUAUGUAAUAUAAUUUACUUACCUUAAACGAGACACUGCUAUAUAUGUAAAGAGCACUGUAACAUAUUGAUUUGAAGAGAUAAAUAUAUUAAAAAAUUGAAACUGAA